UCCCAGAACGCGGCUAAUAACUUUGAUAAAUUAAGGAUCCCUGAUCCUAUUAAAAUGAUCCCAAAUUUCGCGGGAGAGCCGAAAAUGCUAGUUUCAUGGCUAGAAUCGGUGAUCAAAAAAUCCAAUUCAUCAAGAACAUAAUUAACAAUGAACAAUUGAUUAAUGAUGUAAUGCCUUUGUGGGUGAGCAUCAUCAGAGACAAAAUUAUAGAUAAAGCUAAUGACGCUCUUGUAAAUAGUCAUACAAAAUUAGACUGGUCGGCAAUUAAAUCUGCUUUAAAAGAUUCUUUUGGCGACAAAAGAGAUCUUUCCACACUUUGUACAAGUAUCCCUUACUUGAAACAAGGUUCAAAAGAUUUAACUUCGUAUUAUGAAGAGUGCCGAAACUUAUUAGCUGAUAUAAAGGCGAAAAUUUUGUUGAACGACGAGACAAAAGUAUGCGCUGUAGUUCUUAUAAAAACAUACGAGAGCAUGAUUACAAAUGCUUUCAUAGAUGGCUUACAUGCGAAUUUAUCGUCAUUAACUCGCAUUUAUCGACCUGAUAGUCUUUUAAAAGCCUACGAAAGUGCUUUAGAUCAAUACAACGCCAUACAAAGACGACGUGAAAGUUUUCCACAAAGAAUGGUCCCUUUUACGAAAAACAAUUCAUUUAGAGAACAAUCACAGCAGCAAUCAUAUUUCAUGCACAAAAAACCUUUCAGAACAGAUCACAAACAAAAUCGGCCUUCAUUGAUUAAUACUAAUCAGUUAGGUUCUUCGCGAUUCAUUAAUCAAAAACAACCCACAAAAACAAAUUAUAAUCAACGUUCUACCCCCAAUUUCCAACCUUUUCAAAACAAUCGAAUUCAUUACCAAGAAGAGAUCCAGAAUAGGGAACACGUAGGUAAAGUAUCUCCUGACAGUAAUGCCAUUAACUAUAACGAGUAUUCAUUAAAUAAAUCCGCUAUUACUCAAAACACUCCUGAAUUAAGGGAUAACCUAAAUUUUCAGUGGGAUUCAUACCCCAACCACAAAUAUAUUUCAUCUGGCCUCAAACAAAACCAUAAUUUCUCAGAGCAAAAUCUAAAAUUUUCAGAGGGAUUCAGACCUCUUUCAUAUGAUAAAGAAAACAGUUUUCUCCGAUAUCUGAAUAUUAAAACACAAAUUGGAAAUCUAAAAUUUCUUGUCGACACUGGCUCUAAUAAAAAUUAUAUUUCACCAGAGCAUAUUCACCCCACAAUGAAAAUUAAUUGCGUACCUCAUCUAAUUAAAAACAUUUCCGGAUCGCAUAAUAUAGACAAAUUUAGUGAGCUCAAUAUUUUCUUCAACUAUAAAUCAUUACCAAGGCAGAAAUUUCUUUUAUUUCGAUUUCAUAAAUUUUUUGAUGGUCUAAUCGGAUACGAAUCUUUAAAAUCAUUGGGCGCUAUCAUCGAUACCGUAUCCAACGAGCUACUAAUAGGAAGUUUGAGAAUUCCUAUGAACAGAAAAACUUUUAACGGAACUGAAACGAACUUUCAGAUCAAUAAUAUUCAUGGCGGAAAAACACUAAAAUCGAACAAAACACAAAAUUCUGAUACUGAUCACAAUGUUCAAAUCGAUCCAAGCAUAAUAAUUACGAAAUAUGUUUCAUUAUUCAACCCGAGUAGUAAUCCAGUUAUUCUAGAAACUGACUUACACAACAAAAUGUAUUCAAGCAAUCGAACAAAUCUCCAAAACAAACAAGAGCAUAAUUAUAGGAAAGAGCGAAUAAAUAGAACAGUACAAACGGGAAUCAAUCAAAAUCACGCAGAAAUUAUCGAAAAUUUUACUUAUACGAAAUCCAGAACUCAGCAACCCUCACAUAAACUUGAUAAAAACAACGGAAGCGAUGGAACCGUUGAAAGGUUCCGUUCAACAAGCAACGAAAUAUCUCGUUGCUACAGACACAAAUUCGGAAACUUGACAACUAAUGAAAUGUUUUUAAAAUAAUCUAUAUUACAUAAUAAUACAAUAUUAUCUCCCCCAGAUUUCAAGCGUCUAGAAGCUCCUUACGAUAUCAAGGAUAGUGAAGAAAAAUCAUUCAACUUGGCAAAAUUAUGUUGAUAUCGAAACGAAUGCGAUAUGAAUGUUGUGGUAAAAUAAGACAAAUCUCAAAGUAAAACAACCAUCACAAUAAAUGCGAACCGAACACAUCUAAAAUGAAAUUCUAAAAUUCUUUCUGCCCGCUUCUAUCAACUAUAUCCAUACAAUCCAAUGAUUCUAGUAGAAAUUCUGGUCUACUAAUCAUAAAAAAGCCCCAGCGAUAUAAGUCAAUAAAAUGUGCCCUAAAAUCGACUAAAAAAACUCUUCUAGUACCUUAUAAAAUAAAAAUAGAACGGCAAAUUUAAAAAAAAAACAUUCAUGUUUCAAUUCACAUUCUAUUGCCAAAAAUAGAACAAGAUCAAAAUCACCGAAAAGUAUAAGAUCAUAAACUGAAGAAAUAAUAAAACAUCUAGAUAACAAUAAUUUUAGCGAAAUCAUAAAUAGUCUAACAGACUGAAAGUAGUCUUCUGAAAAACAAUGAGUAAGUUAGGUUUAAAAUUAUUCCUAUAAGCAUGAAACAAAAAGAAGCAGAAAAAGGGCUGAUUUUUUUGCCGAAUUUGAAUUAUUAAAUUUGACUGAAUUAUUUAAAUUAUUUUCAAUUGAGUAUUCCUAGAGUCGUACAGCAUAUCUUCCAAACAUAUAAUUAGUUAAACUUCGAUUUACCUGACAAUUUUUCCCAUAAAAAAACUGAAUUUCGUAACAAGUAAAGUAAAAAAAAAAAAUUUUUUCUAACAAAUUUAGAUCAAAUCUAUGAGUUCUCAAAUCUAAAUCCAUCAGCAUUUCACGAUCAUAUGGAAAUUUUUCGCAUUGUAUCGAUUCUACAAUUAAAUAGUACGAGUUAUUAUAUAUUUUUUGUUAAACCUUUACAAGUGAGAAACACAACACUAAAAAUGCCCGCCACCAUCGCCAUCAUUAACAAAACCGAACGAAUUUUCCCACUGAGAAGUGUACCCGCAUAUCCGAUAAGAACCGUCUUGAAGAUUUCACCAAGAACGAGUGUUUCCCUAACUCAUCAACUAGAGCCGAUGAUUGUACCGGACAUUCUGCCAUGGAUUUAUAUUGAGUCCGACUUGAACUUGUUUGUAUUAAAGAGGCAUAACACUUCGCAGUCAAAAAAUGAUGAAAACGCAGUCAAACCGAUGAAGACGGAAACUGGAGGAACACAAACAGAAGCGCAAUACCACAACAACGGAGGAGACGGAGAUAAGCAUGUUGGCGUGGCAAGAGUAG